AUGGCUUGGCGCAACCAGGGAGUCACCGGCUCCAACAAUGUCCCUCUGGGCAAGAGGCGAUUCGGGGCCGACGAUGAGGCUGCGAGCAACGCUUCCACGCCGACGCUCGCUCCCUCGGACGACAAGGAAGCCGCGCGAGGCCGGAGCCCUGUUCGAGCAGAUCCACCCCCCGACGGCGUGAAGAAGCGCAAGAAGCGCAACCGCUGGGGAGAUGCGCAGGAGAACAAGGCGGCCGGUCUCAUGGGCCUUCCUACCAUGAUCAUGGCAAACUUCACCAGUGAGCAGCUCGAGGCUUACACCCUGCAUCUUCGGAUUGAGGAGAUCAGCCAGAAGCUUCGUAUCAACGAUGUUGUCCCGGCCGAUGGUGACAGGUCGCCGUCACCCCCUCCGCAGUACGACAACUUCGGAAGACGUGUAAACACUAGGGAAUACCGUUACCGCAAGCGCCUGGAAGAUGAGCGCCACAAGCUCGUCGAGAAAGCCAUGAAGAUCAUUCCUAACUACCACCCGCCUGCUGACUACAGGCGCCCUACUAAGACCCAGGAGAAGGUCUAUGUUCCAGUGAAUGACUAUCCAGAGAUUAACUUCAUUGGCUUACUGAUCGGACCUCGUGGCAAUACCCUCAAGAAAAUGGAGGCCGAGUCCGGAGCCAAAAUUGCAAUCCGAGGCAAAGGCUCUGUUAAGGAAGGAAAAGGCCGAUCUGACGCCGCUCACACUAGCAACCAGGAAGAAGAUCUCCACUGUUUGAUCAUGGCAGAUACAGAGGAAAAAGUCCAGAAGGCGAAGAAGCUGGUCCUUAACGUCAUCGAAACCGCUGCUUCAAUCCCUGAGGGCCAGAACGAACUGAAGCGGAAUCAGCUCCGUGAGCUUGCCGCCCUUAAUGGUACCCUGCGCGAUGAUGAGAACCAGGCUUGCCAGAACUGCGGUCAAAUCGGACAUCGCAAGUACGACUGUCCCGAGCAGCGUAAUUUCACGGCCAAUAUUAUUUGCCGGGUCUGUGGGAAUGCUGGGCAUAUGGCUCGCGACUGUCCCGACAGACAGCGAGGUACCGAUUGGCGCAACAACGGAUACGGUGGUCGCGGAGGUCAACGGGCAAUCGGUGGUGGAGAUGCGGUGGACCGUGAAAUGGAGCAACUCAUGCAAGAGCUGUCUGGUGGCGCCCCCGGUAAUGGCGAAGCUCCUCGUCGGAUCGAAGGAGGAUCUGGCGGUCAGGACCAGGAUAGCGACGUCAAACCGUGGCAGCGACCCCAGCCGCCCGCGUCGGACGUGGCUCCCUGGCAGCAGCGCGGUCGGGACCGACCUCGGGACGACUAUGGCUCCCGGGAUCAAUCUACACCUCCGUGGGCUCAAAACCGUGGUGGCGACUACGGUUACGGAGGUGGCUAUGGGGCAGCAGGAACUGCUCCCUGGCAUCAACAGGCUCCUCCACCCCCUCCCCCACCUCCUGGCGGCCACCCUGGCUAUGGCUACGGAGGGUAUCCGGGCUUCCCGCCGCCUCCGCCUCCUCCGAAUAUGCCAGGUGCGCCUCCUCCAGGUCUGGGUGCUGCUCCAGCUCCUCCGCCGGGUCUGGGUUCUAUGUACUACGGUGCUGCUGGAACCCCUCCACCUCCGCCACCUGGCGAAGGACCACCGCCUCCUCCUCCAAGCGACCAGCCUCCGCCACCUCCUCCUCCCGCGUGA